AAGGCUGUUACUUCUUUCCACUUCGCUAUUUUAUUUCAUCUAUCUAUCUCUCUCUCUCUCUCUCUCUCUCUCUCUCUCUCUCUCUCUCAAUACUCACAAGAAAACAGAGUAGCGACAGCCAUGGCAGCCAACAAAUUUGCAACCAUGGUGCACACGAACACGAACAACAUCACACUCAUUCUCAUCUAUGCGGUUCUUGAAUGGACACUCAUACUUCUCCUCCUCCUCAACUCUCUCUUCUCUUUUCUCAUCAUCAAAUUUUCCCAAUUCUUUGCCCUAAAGCCACCCUGCUUGUGGUGUUCUACCCUCCAUCGCUUCUUAGAACCCGAAAACAUCAAUUCCCACCGCGAUCUUCUCUGCGAACUACAUUCCAAAGAGGUUUCCAUCUUGGGAUUCUGCCCAAAUCACAAAAAAUUGGCAGAAAUCAAAUCAUUGUGUGAUGAUUGCUUUUCAUCUCAUCUCGAUUUCCAAUGUGAGGUCAAAGAGAGUGAUGGCGGAGAUGAAGAUGAACAGAACUUGAAGUGUUCAUGCUGUGGUUUGAAGUUUCAUAAGAAAAGUUUUGAUAGUUUUGUAGUGACUCGGAAUUCUUGUGAUGUAUUGGAGCAUACUAAGAGCGAGGGUUUGAUCAAAAGUUCCAAUGAUCAAGUUGGAUCAGAUUUAAUGGAAGAAACCCUUCAAAUUCACAGCAAAAAAGUGACUCGGAUGAAUAAUGACGGGAAAGAUACAUGGGAUUCAAAUACUUUUGAAAUUGAAACAGAAUUGAAUGAAUUUGAAAAGAAGGAAGAUUCAACUUCUGAUUUUCUCCCACAAGAUCUCGAAUUCUUCUUUGAUCAUAGUGGUAAUCAGUUGGUACCUAUUGAAUUAGUUGACUCAACAACGGAGGAAAGUCAAAACGUUUCUGAAGCUGAUGAAGAUCAUGCGUCUGGAGAUAACGAAAAAGCUCUGGUAAUCCAAAACCAUCAGAUGACAGGGCUUGAAUCCACGGAGUUGAAAGAAACUGAGAAUUCUCUUGUUUUACAUGCAAAAAACAGUGAAGUCAUUUAUGAAAAAUCCGCCAUUGUUCAAGAAACUCAAACCCUGUUCAUCGAAGAACUUCAAGAAAAUGCAGUAGGAACAGAGAAAUCCGAUCCAGAUACUCAUCUGGUUCAUGAAGAAGCAGAUGUGACAAUUGGAACAGAGAUUACUGUUCUUGACUUAUGUGUUGUGGAACCUUCAUCCAUUUCACAUGAUAUACAUGUAAUUGAAAAUGGUCUCGAAUCAAAUAAAUCAACUGAACGCUAUAAUCAGAUUGAGGAAGAGAAAAUUCCCAAUACACCCCAUUCGACUGAGAGCUUAAAUCAACCAAACAAUAAUUUGUUGAUGAUAGAGGCAAAGGAAUCGGGGGCAGAAGAGUCAUUUGACACCGUGGAGAAGCUAAAAUCAGCUUUACAAGCUUUGUAUGCUGAGUUGGAGGAGGAGAGAGGCGCUUCAGCGGUAGCUGCCAGUGAAACAAUGGCGAUGAUCAACCGGCUUCAAGAAGAGAAGGCGGCAAUGCAAAUGGAGGCCUUACAAUAUCAAAGAAUGAUGGAAGAACAAUCAGAAUAUGAUCAAGAAGCUUUGCAACUCUUGAAUGAUCUUAUGGUCAAACGGGAAAAGGAAUUGGAAUUCUAUCGGAAAAAAGUGGCGGAAUAUGAAGCGAAGGAAAGAUGGCUUUCGCAGGGGAGUGAAAAAAGUGGGGCGGGUUCGGAUUCUUGUAGUCAUUCCGAGGAGGGGAAUGGAAUCCCAAUUAAUGGGAACCAAGAGAGCUGGAAUCGGGAUACCCAUGAUGACGGUUUUCUCGAUCUUGAAUCUUCGUUAGCGGAUUUUGAGGAAGAAAGGUUGUUGAUUUUUGAACAAGUUAAGGUUCUUGAAGAGAAGCUUUUUGCUUUAAGUGACGAAGAGAAUCAACGGAUUGAGGACGUAAGACCUAUCCAAGAUCUUGAUGAGGAAAACGAGAAAGUUUAUGAAAACGGAUUUGAGACCAUUGGUUCACCGGAAAACGGAUUCCAUUCCGAUGCCAUUGGAAUAGAGAGCGAAGGGAAGGUGAUAACAUUAAAUGGAUUCCAUUCCGGAGAGUUGGAAAACGGGAACAUUGGAAAGAGGAGGGGUGACUUCGAAGAGGAAGUGGAUCAAGUUUAUGGAAGGCUACAAGCUCUUGAAGCCGAUAGAGAGUUCUUAAAACAUUGCAUUGGAUCAUUGAAGAAAGGUGACAAAGGAAUGGAACUACUCCAAGAAAUCUUGCAGCAUUUACGUGAUCUUCGAACCAUGGAUCUUCAAUGA